CAGUGUUGGAUCAUCCGGGAACACACUCGGACUCAGCCAGGGGCGCGUGACAGAGCGGAACCCGCCCAGAACCGGUCCGAGCCCGCGGGGGAGCCUUCAGCGACCUGCUGCUGCUGCUGCCGCCUGCGUGCUGCCUGUGUGCUGCCUGCGGAGGCGCUGACGUAGAGAACCCAAAAAACUUGCGGAAAAAUUGGGGGAAAAAAGAGGAAAAAAACAAACCCAGCUGCAGUGGGAAGUCCAGAGCCAGGAAUGAGCUCUUCUUUGUGCUUGCGGGAAAAGCUCUUCAUCCAGCUGUGGAAAUGCGAGCACUUGGCCUAACUCUUCAGCAGCUGUUCAGCGUGGAGGCUUUCGCCGUGUGUGUGGUGCUGCUUGCCGCCGCUGUGACCAGCUCCAGCCGACCUGCUGCCUCAGAACAUGAAGUUGUGGAGCAAAGUCAACUUUCCGACCUGUACAAUAAAGGUGUAUUCCUUCUGGAGAGCGUAUCUUUGCAGCGCUGUCUCUUCGCCAACUCUUCGGGCAUCUCACUGGCCAGCUGCGAUCGCCCAACCGCCGGCUUGCUGUGGAAGUGGGUGUCUCGGCAUCGCCUCUUCAACCUAGGCACCAGCAAAUGCCUGGGCAUCAACUCUACGACUCAGCAGUCCGAAGUGGGCAUGUUCGAGUGUGACGUCCUCUUACACUCCAUGUGGUGGCGCUGUCAUGGCCGUGCGUUGUAUGGAACCACCCAGAAGAAGCUAGUGGUGGUGGGCUCCUGGGUGACAGUGAAGAGAUCCAUCAUGCAUGAGUGGAGGAUCUACGGGGAGCUCGGAGAGGCUCCCUGUACUUACCCCUACGAAGAAAUCCACACUCUGUUGGGGAAUGCCCAGGGUUUGCCCUGUGCCCUGCCUUUCCAGUACAGUGGUAAGUGGUACUGGGACUGCACCUCAGAAGGCAGAGAGGAUCAGCACCUCUGGUGCGCCACCACCAGCAGCUAUGACCAGGAUCAGAAGUGGGGAUUCUGCCCGACUGCAGUGCCUGGCUGUGAUCCGUUCUGGGAGAGCAGUGUUGAGCUGAAAGCCUGUUAUCAGUUUAACUUGUACUCUCUCCUCACCUGGAGCCAAGCACUCACCUCCUGUCAGUCACAGGGAGGCAGUCUCCUGUCCAUCACACACACUGCAGAGCACAACUACAUCAGAGAAAGACUUGCAGACAUGGGUGUGAUAGUCUGGACUGGGCUAAACCAUCUAGCUCACGAUGGGGGGUGGCAGUGGUCAGAUGGAUCCCCCCUGGCUCUGCUUCAGUAUACCUCAGACAUGACAUCACUCGUGGUGGGGCAGAACCAGCUGUGUGGAGUGUUUAACUCAGCUCUGGAGACAGGGCACUGGCAGAGCUUGUCCUGUGAUUCCGCUUUGCCUUACAUCUGCAAGAAAACCCCCAAUAUCAGCAGGAGAGCCGAGCCUAUUGAUAACUGGCAAUAUAAGAGGACUGUGUGUCCAGAUGGUUGGAUUGAUCACAAUGGCUUCUGUUAUCGCUAUGUGGAUGAGAAGGGGAGCUGGGACAACUCCUCUAACACAUGCAAGGCUCUUGGCGCACAACUGACCAGCAUCCACUCCCUCUCUGAGCAGGAGAUACUGCUAGCACUCCUUAUUAACGCCUCUGACUUGAAGGUGUGGAUUGGUUUAUAUAUGGAAGCUGGUUCUCCAACAGUUGAGUGGUCAGACGGCUCGCCUCUCACUCUUACAUCCUGGCAACGGCAGCAGCCUUCGCCUCGCCUUGAAGGCAAACGCAUGUGUGUUGCCGCAGACAGGAAGAGCGGGAACUGGGAGUUUGAGGAGUGCGAGAAGGUGUAUCCAGCAGUUUGUCGUAUCGUUGGUCUCGUACCCCUACACCCAACAGGAGAAUGGGAUGAAGGCUGCCCAGAGGGAUGGAAGAGGAAGGGAAGCUCCUGCUACAAGAUUGCCGAUCAGGAGCAGACGUUCGAGGAUGCAGUGAAGGGUUAUUACUGUAAAUCAUCUCUGGUCACUAUCGAAGACAGGUUUGAGCAAGCAUUUCUCAACAGCCUGAUCAGUGCAAAGAACGGUUCUGCGUCCCAGUUUUACUGGACCGCUCUCCAGGACCAGAACAGGACCGGAGAUUAUCGCUGGUUGAUGCAGAAUGGUUCCACAACACCUCUCACCUACACCAACUGGAACCGCCACCAGCCCUUAGUGACAGGAGGAGGCUGCGUGGCGAUGACAGGAGGGCAACGUCUCGGGCACUGGGAGGUGAAGAACUGCAAUUCCUAUAAGGCCUUAGCGGUGUGCGAGCAGAGCGUGAGCAGUUACCAAGACGUCCUCAUUCCCAUACCACAUGUAGACAUCUUUGCACCCUGUAAGGACGGAUGGGAGAGUCAGCCCGGCCUGCAUCACUGCUACAAGGUGUUCCACAGCGAGAAGAUCUUGAUGCGUCGCUCAUGGUCGGAAGCAGAGUUUUUCUGCCGGGCUCUUGGUGCAGACCUUGCCAGCUUUCACUAUAACGAGGACCAGGCCUUUGUCAAACAGCUCCUGACUAAGAUGUUUGAUAGUACAGAGGGUCGUUGGUUCUGGGUUGGCUUCACUAAAAGAGAUCCACAGUCUGCUGGAGCCUGGGAGUGGUCAGACGGCACACCGGUGGUGAAAUCAUUCAUAGAGGACAAGAAUGAGGAUGUGAGCACUCAUGAUUGUGCAGUGUACAGCGAUCUAACCAACACUCUCACACCCCGACCCUGUGACGCCAAACAUGAAUGGAUCUGCAAGGUGCCCAGAGGUGUGGAGUUAGCAAAGCCUUAUUGGUACAACAAUCAGAAUGAGCCAUGGGUGUUCUACCGUGGAGCCGAGUACUACGUGGGCAGCCAGGUGUACCCUUGGGAGUUCGUGUUGUUCGCCUGUAAGAUGAUGGGAGCAGACUUGUUGUCCUUACACUCCAGAGAGGAACUGGCAUUCAUCAAAGAACGCAUGACGAAAGCUGCUCAAAGUACUACUGAAUGGUGGAUUGGUCUGUCAGCUAACAGCGCACAUCAAGGCUUCAGUUGGACUGAUGGAACAGCCCUAGAUUUUGAGAACUGGAAAAAUGGAAAGCCUUCCAGACAAGCUGGACAAAACUGCAUCUCUAUGUCUCUGACAGGGGCGUGGUCAGCAAAUCGUUGUGUGGAUCUUCGUGGUUACGUGUGUAAACGCAGGACCAUAUCGGUGGUGGAGACCCCACGGGAGCCUCACUUUAUCGGUGCCUGCCCAGAAAAAUGGUUCUACUAUGGCCACAAGUGUCUGUUGCUGCAUCUCCCAUCCCAGCCGGAAGAGGGGAAGAGUUGGACAGAUGCUCAGUCCAUCUGCUCUAGUUUCCAAGGCAUGCUGGUUACAGUCGAGGACGAGAUUGAGCAAGCUUACAUCACCAUGCUGCUUCACGGCCAGUCUGAGGGAGUCUGGAUUGGCUUACAGGAUGCAGACACCAUGAAAUGGACCGAUGGGAAGCCUCUAACGUACACGAACUGGUCACCUGUAGAACCAGAGCACUCUGUCAGUCAGGAGGAGUGGUUGACUGAGGGAACUGAACCAUUGUGCACUGUUCUGUCCAACUCUCACAACUUUCACUUUACUGGAAAGUGGUACAAGGAGAAGUGCACCCAGAGUGGCUAUGGCUUUGUAUGUCAAAAACCACAAGACAAAACCAAACGUCCCUCCCACUCCUAUCCUGGCCCUGCCUCCCUAGAGUUCUCUGAGUACAAGAACCGGAGUUACCAUGUUGUCCAUGGCAACAUGAGCUGGUACAAAGCCCUGACUGCCUGUAUGGAGAAAAAUGCCGAACUUGUGAGUAUCACUGACCCGUUUCAUCAGGCCUACCUCACUGUACUGGUCAACCGACUGGGAGCCCCACACUGGAUCGGUCUUGUGAGUCAGGAUGACGGUAUAAAUUAUCAUUGGAUUGAUGGCAGUAAUAAUAUGUUCACACACUGGGACACAGUGGAUGAUGAUGAUGGGGACAAUUCUUUCGUGUUGGGAAAUUGUGUGUACAUUGACAUCAGUGGUGGCUGGAGAAGAGCUGACUGUAACAUGCCUCUUCCAGGAGCGCUGUGCUACAUACCUGCACCUAAAAGUAUAGCAUUCUCCUCUGAAGUGGUGUGCCCAGAAACAUGGUUGAAGUUUCGUGGAAGCUGCUACAAUUUCGAGCCCGUUGUCUUAAGAAUGCCUCUAGAGGAAGCAAGAGAGCACUGCAGGAAAAAAGACAAUUCUUCUGACCUUUUGACGAUCCGAGACGAGGAGGAGAACCGCUUCUUCCUGGAGCAGAUGAAGAACUUUUAUGAUGGCUUCGAGACUGUCUGGCUGGGCAUUUAUUAUAACAUAGACAAGGAUGCUUUAACCUGGCUGGAUGGCUCUGCACUGGACUACGCAAACUGGCCCCUGAAGGCUCUGGAUGCGAGUGUGAUGCAUGCAGACACGUGUGUGUCGAUGCGGAUAUCAGACGCUGAGUGGCUCCUGGCCAGCUGCACAAACAGGCUUGGCUUCAUAUGCAAAACUCGUUCAGAGUCAGUCCAAGAGGUGGAGGUGGAGCCGAUAACUGGUUUGCAUCAUGGAGUUGUUCCAGCUGCAGUCUUAGUGGCCAUAUUGUUCUUUGCGGUGAUGGCGGGAUUGCUGUGGUUUGUGUAUAAGAGAAACACGCUGGGAUUCCGGAGGCUUCCAUCACUUGGCAGCGCCUUUUACAGCUCUCAGGCCAUGGACUCAGACGGGAACGUACUCCUGACCGACCUAGAGACACAUGCAGGGGAUUAGUGUGUGUGUGUGUGUGUGUGUGUGUGUGAGAGGUUUUGGUGGGACAUGUUUUUAUAUCCACAAGACUAGGAAUAUCUGCCAGUUUUAUUUUUUUUAUUUUUUUUUAAAAAAGGCCAAAAGGUUUCUUUUUGUUUACUGGGGUUAAGGUUAGAGUUAGAUUUAGGUAUAGCAUAGCAAUAAUUAGCUGCAUUAAUAAUUAUGUUCUCAUGGAUAGUAAGACAAACGUGUGAGUGUGUGUGUGCUUGUGUGUGUGCUUGUGUGUGUUUGUGAGUGUGUAUGUGUGCGUGAGAGAGAGAGAGAGAGAGAGAGAGAUUUCCAUCAGGGAUACUGUGGUCAGGACCAAACUUGUAUCCUGCAUCUAAACAGCAUCUCUUUGGUUUAUGGUUCUCUUUGCUGUGAUCGACAGCAGCAGCACUAUGCACAUAAUGUUGUCAUGCUUUUAAACAGUAAUGUGGAAGAUAGGGAAUAAGGAAGGAUAGUCCUGAGUUAAACAGUAAUAUUUUCUUGUUUUCACAGCAUCAGGGAGACUUUGUGAACACAGCUAUAGACUGUUAAUAUAAGCCAGCGAACACCAGUGUCUGCUGGUGAAAUUUCUGCUGGUAAAUGUUAUUUAUGCAACUUUGACACGUGUUCAUGUGAAGAUCAUCCUCAGAAGACUGAUCCUGAAGGCCUUGUUCAGCAGGAAGUUUAUUCUAGCCUGGAUUAGAACAAUAAACAAUGAAUCCUUCAGGAAUAAUGGUCUUUAAUAGCUUUAAAAUUAGCUGCAGCACACCAAAGCAGCAGCAGAGCAGACUUGUUUAUUUUGGAAAGACAGCAGAGCCUUUUGUUAUCAGUAUUUGAACAUGGUUUUAGUGAGUGUUAUUCUUUUGAAUUGUGAAUCCUGUUUUAUCGGAACAAAUUAUUGUAGAAUUGUUGUAGUAUGUUUGUUCUUUGACGAGCACUUUAUCUCAUUUCAACACCCCAUGCUCUGUUUCAGCAUUAUUAGUGGAAUAAAGGCCGCUGAGACUUUCCAAAUCCAGGAUUAAUCCCUAAACACUGAUGAACUCCAAAUCACAAAACAACUGUACAAUAAAGAGUCAGCCAGUAAUACCAGCUAAUUCAGAAUAACUGGUUCAUAUUAACCUGUGCCUAUAGAAGGCUCACGUGUCUUUGGAUAGAGUUCACCAUAUUUUUUGCUCCCUUUUUCCAGCUGAUUGUUUAUAUUUUGGAUAUUCUAAGUAAAUUGUAAAAGAUCAAUUUGUAUCUUUAAACAGAAAGAGUGGCUAAAUGAUGCCUGGUCUUCCUAUAGUCGGUUUUGUUUUUUACGGUCAGCAUCUUUGGUUCUGUAUCAGAUAAAGGUUGUGUAAAAAAAAAAAAAACAUUUAUAUGGAACUGCUUAGUAUAGUUUUGUGGUCUUCUCUAGAAGCCAGCCUUGGAAUAGAUCACAAGACAUUCAUGCUUCCACUUUGUAUAUGCACUGUGCUCAUUGAAAGGGUUAACGGGGUUGAUAUUCCUUUUCUGCUUGAUGUGAUGUGACUUUUUUUGUGCCACAUGGGAUAAAAUAGCUGUACAGUAUUGAAUCAUGGUUUACAGUUUUACUGUCAUGUUUGUUUUGUUUGUAAUGAAGUAAAAAAUAGUUUUGAACAGCUGUAUGAAGCUUCCACAAGGGCCCUUCCCUCUUAUUCCUCAUGUACUUUUAUUUGUUCUUAUUCUUCAUGUACUUUCUUGUUCUUAUUCUUCAUGUACUUUUAUUUGUUUUUAAUAUGCUUUUAUUUGUUGAACAACUUUUGUGACAGAGGAAGCUUGUACAUUCAGUUUUUAGCUGUGAGAUCCAACUCCUUGACAGCAUAUGUAAUUUUUUUUUCCUUACAAUGCAGUUUUGAUUCCCAGUAAGUUGAAAUAAAGGAAAUGUGCUCCAUGUAA